AUGCUCGCCUACUGCGUGCAGGAUGCCACCGUGGUGGACGUGGAGAAGCGGAGGAACCCUUCCAAGCACUACGUGUACAUCAUCAACGUGACCUGGUCUGACUCCACCUCCCAGACCAUCUACCGGAGGUACAGCAAGUUCUUUGACCUGCAGAUGCAGCUUUUGGAUAAGUUUCCCAUCGAAGGUGGUCAGAAGGACCCCAAGCAAAGGAUCAUCCCCUUCCUCCCAGGCAAGAUCCUCUUCCGGAGAAGCCACAUCCGAGACGUGGCUGUGAAGAGGCUGAAGCCCAUCGACGAGUACUGCCGGGCACUUGUCCGGCUGCCUCCCCACAUUUCGCAGUGUGAUGAAGUCUUUCGAUUCUUUGAGACUCGACCUGAGGAUGUCAACCCCCCAAAAGACAGCAGCAUCGAGCAUUUGAAAUACACGUCAGGUCAUGUCAGCCCCCUGCUCCAGAUCCUCCAGCGGCCCCAUGUCACUCAGUGA